GACAGCAAGCCUUGAGUUCAUCCUGUGGUUCUUCACUCACUGUCAGUCAUGGUAGAGAGAGCUUGGGAACAGUGAGCCAGACAUUUGAAUGGCCUGUAUUCCUGUGUGUGUGGAUAUUGUGAUUGUGGAUUCCCGCUUCUCAAAAAUGGAGAACAUCCUUGCGAAGGCUCUCUAUGACAACACGGCGGAGUGUCCAGAUGAGCUGGCCUUCCGGAAGGGUGACAUUGUCACGGUGAUGGAACAGAAUGUCACCGGCAGCCAUGGCUGGUGGAAGUGCUCAUUGCAUGGACGUCAGGGCCUGGCUCCUGCCAACCGCCUACUUCUCCUCUCCCCAUCCCAGGCUGAGGGGCUCUCCCAGGGGGUGACAUCGGGGUGUCUGAAUCUUUGUGCAGAGAAUCCCUCCACAGAAGUGCCACCAGGCAGCCACAGCCCCCAGAACAUAUACCAAAUCCCCAGCAUCCCCCGACCAUCCUCAGCCAGCGCCACCUACGAAUGCAUGGACCGAAUCUACAAAGUACCCUCUAUCCCCCAUCCUUCCCUCAGAGGUCCUGCCUCACAAAAACCCACCCAGGACAGACCAGAGGGAAACCAUUCUUUCUGUAAGGUACCAGUGGCUGGAGCAGGCUGCAGCCCCAAAGCAGAAGUCUACGAUGUCCCAACCCGGGCAAGGCAUGGCUCCCUCUUUGCUGUGUCACCCCAUCGAACUAUGAUCAGGAAGAACUCUCUGAUCCCAACCUCAGAGUUGGAGCAGAGGUAUGAGCCUGGAAGAGUGGACUGUACAAAAAGUCAGACAAACGUGUACGCUGUCCCACCCUCCCUGUCCCAGGAUCCUAGCUAUGACAUUCCUGUGCCCUCAUCAGCUGAACCUCAGCAAAGACUAGGAGUUGGGUACAGCACCUUGCCCAUCCCUCGCAAGUCAGAGUGGAUCUAUGAUGUGCCUGUUUCGCCUGAGAAGCCAGGGCAAGAGCAGACAAACUAUGGCACCCUGCCCACCAAGGCCGUGAGCACAGGGAGGCAGCUGUAUGAUACUUUGCCUGCUCGGGUCUGGCCCGUACAGAACUGCAGCUCAGCGCUCUCGUUCUAUGACAUCCCCAAGCCGAGUUACUCCCCCAGGCUGGCCCAAGACAAGGGUUCUCCGCCCAGCAUAGAUCCCGAGGCAUCUGUGUACGACAUCCCACCAAGGAAAAAGCAACCGGAGGCCUCUGUGCAUGCUGUGUCACCUCCGUCCCAGGAUCAGCCCAGCUUGCAGUGUCCCAGCGACUUGCAGAGAGCUCAUGUGCCCCAGGACCGUAGGGGAGCGGCAGGAACCAUGUAUGAUCAUCCACGUGGGCGGAAGCUUUGGUCCAGCUCUCUCCACUGCAGGCAGGCUCCCGGGGAGCCACUGCAGCAGGACGAGGAGGGGGAGAGGGACAGCAUCUCGAGCCUGUCAGCAGGGGACAGUCAGCGAAGCAGCACAGCCUCCACAACCUCGAGCUCCUCCACCAGUUCCUGCGACUCCCUGGCCCUGAGCUCCUCGUCCCCAGAGCCCUUGCGUGAAGUGACCCUGUCUCAGGAGGAGGCCGGGCAGAGGUUAGUGGAGCUGCAGGAGGCCGUGUGCCAGGCAGUGCCCAGGCUCAUGGUGUUUGUCAGCAGCCGAUGGAGGACCAGGGAGCACCUAGGCCAGCACCUCCAGGAGAUCCGCGGUGCUGCUGAAGGCAUCUCCAGCUCACUUGCCAGCUUUCUGGACUUCGCCCUGGACGUGAGAGGCAACGCCCGCCGGCUGACUGAUGCCAAUCUGCAGACACGGCUCCACAAGCAGCUGUCCAUCGUGGAGGACUCUGGACUCAUCCUACAGCAGGCCAUAGAGGCGCUGAGUGGAGCUGGCUGGCAGCUGGACACACUCUCUCAGGACCCCAGUCAGGUGCAGACACCUGACCAGCUGGAGCGCUUUGUCAUGGUAGCUCGUACCGUGCCUGAGGAUGUCAAGCGCCUGGUGUCUAUCCUCAAUGCUAAUGGCAAACUGCUCUUCAAAUCCACACAAAAAGACCCUGAUGUGUCUGCUAGCGACAACCAACCAGAGGCUAAAAAGAGCCAUUUAAGAAACAGGCAGUUGGGAGACUCCAUUGGGGAGGACAAUGAUUAUGUGCAGCUGCAGACAAAGAAGGAGUUCGAGCAGCAGCAGAAGAUUAUACAGGUGGGAAAGAACACAAAGCUGCAUGAGAAAGGCCCACAGAAACCCCAGGUGGAACAUAAGAAGCCUCCUCCUCCUCCCCCAGUUCGUGCAUCAGAGGACAGGAAGCCCUCCCUGUCGGAGCACUGCCGGCUGUACUUUGGAGCCCUGCAGAAGGCCAUCAGCGUGUUUGUAGGUGCCGUGCAGCAGGGCGAGCCACCCGAGAAGUUCAUUGGCCACAGCAAGCUGGUGAUCAUGGUAGGGCAGAAACUGGUGGACACACUGUGCCGGGAGGCUCACAGUGGACAGGCCAGCCAGGACUUACUCUGCAAGAGCAACCACCUGUGUGCCCUGCUGAAACAGCUGGCAGUGGCCACCAAGAAAGCAGCAGUCCACUUUCCUGACAGGCAGGCUCUGCAGGAGGCCCAGGACUUUGCUAAGGAGCUCGCGCAGAGAGCGCAGCACUUUCGGACAGCACUGGACCUCUGAAAAUUACCAACAAGCGGAGAGUGAACUCUGCUCUAACAUGCUGUGUGUUGGUCAGUAGUCAACAUCAUUACUGAGUCACCUCUCUUCUUCUUUCCUUGGACAUC